GGCAUAUAAGGGCUGGUUCAAUUAGUAUGUGACAUAUCUAAAUAUUAACCAGAAGAAAGUAGACCUUUCAGCUUCUACCUUCAGCUUCCCUAGCGUCCUUACGUAGAGUCGAAUAUGGCUGCAGCUACUAAUGCUAGCGAAAAGUUCGGUAGCUUCGGGGACAUCAUAUCCCAAAACCCUGGUACCAUCGCUACUGCGAUAUUCAUCGUGCUUUUGACGUUAUUGUACUGGGAGGGCUUGUCAAAGCUGAUUCCGGGUAUUCCGUACACUGCAAGAUCGCAGUGGAAGUUCUUUGGCGAUGCGUUCGACUUCGUGCGGUACUCGGAAGAAACGGGCGAAGGGUUUCGGUGGUUCUCGACAAAGGCGGCGGAGCUGGGAAGCCCUGUCUGCCAAGUAUUCCUCUCGCCGUUCUUGAAACCCAUCGUCGUCGUCGCCGACAUCCAGGAGUUGAUCGACAUGUCGACGCGGCGCGCGCGUGAAUUCGAUCGCGGCGACUAUCUGUCUGGCUGGGUCGGCAUCCUGUUCCCUGAGGGGACGAUCUCCAUGCCCUCCCACGACAAGUUCAAGGACCAGCGCAACAUUUGGUCUUCCACCAUAACGAGCCAGUUCCUCAACUCUGUGUCUGCGCGUACAAUACACUAACAUACCGUUAACCUGGUGGAGUUAUGGGCCGUCAAGACACGGCAGGCGGAUGGCCGACCAUUCGAGGUUUCCGACGAUUCUAUCUUUCGAAGAAGAACAGUACAGAGGCUCUCAAUGUAUCGCCCUGAUCUUACAGGUAAGAUCCUUUCUACUAAUUUCAACGUCAGGAUUUAGUAUGACAAGGGGAUGUACUUAGAAUAGAUUUAAUUCAACUAAUAAUUCUAUAGGGGGUCUCUU